AUGGAAUGGUACGACAACAUUUUCGAUAUAAUGGAUGAUGGUGAUGAUACAUCGGAGUAUACCUCCGAAGAAUUAAAUCGAUACUAUUCGUCUGGCCAAUUUCAGCUAAACCCAAAUGACUGGGACGAGGAAGAACAGAUAGAAGAGAUCAAUGAACAUACUGCUCAGCUAUUUUCCGAUGAGCAUACGUUUUCUAGUAAAUUAAUAUCAGCAGCACCUGUUGUUCCAGGACAACUAGAAAGCAAAGAAGAAGAAGAAGAAGAAGUUUUGUCACAAAAAUUUAGUCAACUCUCGACAGAUGAUGAACUUGAACUAAGCGAAGAUAAUGUUCUAUCCGGCAAGAAAAGACGACGUCAAACAUCCAUGAGUCCAGAUAUAAUUCCAAAAAAGAUUAAGCUUUCCAGCGAUGAUAGCAAUAAUGAGACUACUGGUGGUCAAUCAACAAACGAUGAGUUUCAGGAAAGCUUCGAUAAUAUUCCAGCAUAUUUAUUGCUGACAAAUCCGUCGUUUAUUGAUGUGGUUCAAAAGAUUCUGAAUGCAGCAAAUUCAAUUAGUGCAAAUGAUUUGCAAAUCAUAGCAGUAUUAAUGCAUCAUAUAGCUGCGCUCCGUAUGCAAAAAUACAUCACUCAUCUCUAUCUACGAGCUGGGACCGGCAAACUAAGUGAUCCUAAUUCAGAUCUGCUCGAAAUUGACCGGCGAGUUUGGCUAACACAAGUCAAAUCAGUCAUGCUAGCAAAACGUGCACAAUCCAAGAUUACUACAGCCAUGGAAAUAACUGAAGAUAGUGAGCAGCUC